UUCACAAGUUUUGUUUGUGUAUUCCGAUUCCACAUCGUGGAAUCAAUUUUGUACGUAACACUGUGUUAUAUCAUAUAUUAUAAAGUUAAUGGGGCGGAGUCAAUAAGUGCUUCAGCAUGGGCGACGCAAGGAAUAAAAAGAAGUAUUAUUUCCGCAAGAGCAGAAAUAAGUAUUUUCUUGAAGCCGGGUUCAAAGGAUUCUUCUGCACUUGUAACUUCAGAGAAAAAGACUGCGUGAAAGAGGCAUACAACAUUCUCAAUGAAUAUGUGGACAAGCUGUACCCAGACCUUGGCCGGGAGAAGGAGGACAAGGAGGUCGCAGCGUCAGAAACCAAGUCGGAUACCGAUUCCGACGAAGAUGCCGACAUCGGCGACUUGCUAAAACGAGAGGUGGAUUCUAUGAAGAAAGAUAACCAAAAAGCACUCAAACACAAAAGAUUUCAAGCCGUGGAAACGGGUGCCUCCAACUGUAUAUUCAUUAAAACAAACCUACCAAACCCUGAAGAGUUAACCUCAGCCAUAUUAAAAGAUCUUCUAGCAACUAAAGUUCAAAGGACAAGGCACUUACUCCGCCUAGUGCCAAUAAUGGCCACUUGCAAAGCAAACUUGCCUGAUAUUAUGGAGAGUGCGGGGAAGCUGUUUGACAAGUACUUCCUGAAGGAGCCAUCAACCUUUGCUGUGGUGUUCAAUAAGAGAUUCAACAACAGUGUUUCUCGGGACUUGGUCAUAAAGGAACUAGCUGAUUUAAUUGUUCUAAAGAACAGUGGUAACAAGGCGGACUUGAAAAAUCCAAAGCUAUGCAUUAUCAUAGAGAUUAUCAAAGGGAUAUGCCUAGUCAGUGUUGUUGAAAACUAUUACCCUUACAAGAAGUAUAAUUUACUUGAAGUGUGCAAAGAUGAUAAUUCAAAUGACACUGGUGAGACGCAGGCAAAGAAAUCCAAGAAUGAUGUUGUGGUGGAGAUCCAGAAUGAAGUACCAUAAAUGAUGCAUUUCAAUACACUCUAUACUAAUAUUGUAUAAGCUUUACUUGUUUGUAUGGUAGUAAUGUAUGCCCCAACACACAUUUUUCAUGACUCUGUAUGUUGUCUAUAACACUUUAUACAUGUGAAUUAAAAAAGUGGAAAUGUA